AUGGCAAUCAAAGUAAUUUAUGUCGCAAGGCACGGUUAUAGAUCAAAUUGGGUACUAAAAGGUCCCUAUCCAGACCCUCCAACAGGGAUUGAAAAUGACGUACCCUUGGCCCAACAUGGUCUCGAUCAAGCCAAGGAACUAGGUGAAUAUAUGAAGACGAAGAUUGAUCCAUCAUUAAAGCCACAAUUGAUCAUAUCAUCACCAUUUUAUCGUUGUUUACAAACAGCUCAGCCAACCAAAAUGGCUUUGGAUUUACCAUUGUGUGUUGAUCGUGGUCUUGGUGAAUGGUUUAGAGUGGAAAGAGCCACUAUCCCGUACCCUGCUGAUGUGGGAACUUUAAAGGAAUUAUUUCCUGGAUUGAUCAGUGAUGACACUGAUGCUGAUGAUGGUUGGGAAAAUUGUAGCAUGCCAAGCCGUCAUGGUGAAACUGAAGAAGAUAUUUUUAACAGAUGUAAAGAAUUCUUGUCUAAUUUUUUUAUGGAAGCAGAAAAAAAGUUCCCAGAUGUGGAGAGAGUUAUGUUUUUCACUCAUGCUGCUACAAAGGCUGCAUUGGGGAUGAACCUAUUAGGGUUUUCCAGUGUUAGAGAUACAUUAGAUGAUUCUGGUAAGAUCCUUAACAAUCCGAGUUGUUCCUUGGAUAAGUAUGAAGCAACUGGAGCUGGGUGGAAGAUUACCAUGAAUGGUAAUACUUCAUAUUUGAGUAAAGGCGCUGAAAUGAAUUGGAGUUUCCAGAAGGGAUUCAGAGAAGCUUCUGAUGAAGAUAUCAAAAUCAGGUUAGCAGCAGAUGCAGCUAUUGCAGCAGAAAAGGGUGCAAAGGUAGCUGCAACAAUGGCCGAUUAA